UCCAUCAUAUUUCUUCCCUCUAACCCCAGACUCAAAUUUGUGCUCUCUCUCUCUCUCUUUCUCUCUCUCUCGACAAUGAGUAGUACUGGAACCAUGUCCAGCAACCCUAAUGAUCACUGGCUCCAAUUCUACAACCAAAACCUGAAUUCUUCUACCCCUUCUUCACUGUGCCAUGACCAAGUCUCUGAUGCCACCGUCGUCACCACCACCACUACAACUUCAUCUUUACCAGGUCAUGCCGGUUCAGGCCACCCGAGCUCCAGCACCAACAACAGUUUGAGUCCGGAUCAAGGCCGCGUUUCGAAGCCGGCCCGGAAAAGGUCUAGAGCCUCAAGAAGAACUCCCACCACGCUGCUCAACACUGACACCACCAAUUUUCGUGCCAUGGUGCAGCAAUUCACUGGGGGUCCUAGUACGGUGUCGUUUCCCACUGGUGCUUCGAAUUUUACCUUUGGUCUCGGCCCCACUAGGCCACAGAGCUUCGUGGUGCCUCCCGGGGCGGCCGGGUGCCAUCCUCUACAGCCUCAGCAGCAACAACUCUUACAACAACAACAACAACAACAACAACAACAACAGCAACAAUACCAACAACGCCAUAACCAGCAAUACUUGUUUUCGCUGAGGAACAAUGACAACGUUAACGGUGAUCAUGGGUUUCUUGAGAGAUUGUCAUCAAGAGUGGGACCCACAAGCAUGGUGAUGGGACUGUCGUCCGAUCAUGAUCAACAUGAGUUUCUGAGGGAGGGUAUUGCAUCCCAAUUGCCUUCUUCGGCUAGGCCGCCCAGCUCUAAUAGUUCUGCCAAUGAGAACAGGAGUUACAUGUUUUGAGAAAAUUGUGAGGGACAUAAAGCAGAAAAGUUAGGUAGACUGACUUAUCUUAGGACAAAAUUCUUGACCAAUGUAUAUGCACAUGAAAAAGAAUAUUAUAUAUUUUCUCUUUUUCAACGGACUUGAAACUAAAUCUCUUCCUUUCUUAUGCAAUGUGGUUAAUUGUUCAAUUCUUAAUAUCCUUUUUCAUUUUGUAAUUUGACCGAGGAUGCUAUGUAUACUAUGUAUAUGCACAUGAAAAAGAAUACUACAUGAUGUUAACACUA